UUGGUCAGUCCCGUUUUGUCGUGUCAGCGCGUUAUGGGCGUGGUCACUUUAUGGUAAUCUGAUAAUUUCUCCAUGGUAACACAAGGACGCUGUGCGCGACGGAUGCCGGUGCGGGUCACACAGGGGAGCAGCUGGGGAUGGACAGAUACCAGGUGCUGGAAGAGUGGGGUGCUGGAGCCUUUGGGGUGACCUGCCUUGUGGAGGAGAUCGGAGGAGGACGGCGAUUCGCUGUAAAGAAGGUGGAGUGUGCUGAUGAGCGGGAGGGAAAUCUGGCCCUGGAGGAGGGGAAGUCAUUGCUGGAGCUACGUCACCCCAGCGUCUGUGCGUAUAAGGAGUGUUUCCUGGCCUGGGAUAGUAAGAUCUCCUCCCUGUUUUGCUGCCUGGUGAUGGAUUACUGUGAUCGGGGGAAUCUGGCGGGAAUCGUACAAGUUAGCAGAGAGCGGAAGACGAUAACAGAUGAGAAGAUGAUUCAGCGUUUUCUCGGCCACGUGAUGAGCGCGUUAGUUUAUAUCCACAGUAAGAACGUCACCCACAGGAACAUCAAGCCCAGCAAUAUCCUGCUGAAUAAUGAUGAUGUAUUUGUGAUAAGUGAUUUUCUCCCGGAGGCGCUGGCGACAGAUUACACCAAGAUGAACAUAAGGGUGGAUGCGGAGAGGAACAUGUUCCUGUCUCCGGAGUCGCUGCGGUUUGUGUACGGCGAGAGGUCGGUCGUCUGGUCUGUGGGGUGUGUGUUACUGGAUCUGAUGAGCACCUCGAUAUACAGCGAGGCAGAGAUUACUGCAGCUCUGCUGAGGAUCAGGACGGAUGCCUCGGCCUUACAUGGCAUUUUACAGACCAUUCGGGACCACGUGGAAUACUCAGAAGAUCUCUAUCAGCUGCUGCCCGAGAUGCUGAAAAUACAGCCAGCAGAGAGGCCCAGACCAGCUGACCUGGUGCCUCAUCCCUAUAUCAGGAAAUGCCUGACUGUGAUUGGAUCUCCGUUGGCCGGGGUGAAGAAGAAACUGCCCCCAGGUGCCGCGUGUGACCUUACGGAUGGCGGUGUGGAAGACGCGCUGGCAUUUAUGAAGCGUUAUACAGACUAUGAGGACGCCCAGUUACUGGCGCUGCGGCACCUGGCCGGCGACACCGGAGAUGGUUUCCUGGAUGCAGGAGAGGCGAUACGUCUCGUUUCACAGGCUGUGGUGACACACAGAGACUCCGUCAGUGUACAGCGGGAAGGCGGCCGGAUGCUGCAUCGCCUGUUAUCACAAGUGCUGGAGCGCGGGGAUAACGAGGCGUGUCUGACCAGCCGGGACCUGAUCUUUAGUCUGGUGGACACCGUGCGGACUUUCCCCGAGGACCCGGAACUGGUUUCGGUAACGCUCCGUAUGAUGACGAUGCUCUCAGUCAGCGAGGUGGCAGCGGGGAUGCUGGUGACCGCCGGGUUCCUCCCAGAUCUAGUGAGGCUCCUGGAAGGGCCCCUGGAGGACAGAGAGACGUGGAUGUCCUGCUGUGCGCUGCUGUGGAGCUGGUCUAUGAUAGUCACAGAGAACCAGACAGAUGAGGAGAGUUUGCAACAAGCCGUUCCGGUAAUCUCCACCCUCAUCCAGAAACACGGCAGCGACGGAGAGCUGGUAGAAUCGGCCUGCGCUGCCCUCUGGACGCUCUGCCUGAAGGGACACGUGACGGAGGAACAAGUUGAACCUAUAACUCUGUUGCUACUGGAAUCGUUACGAACACACAAGGAGCGGCCGCUUCUGUCUAAGAACGUCUGUCUGGCAUUGACGAGCCUGGCACUGAAGUCAGAGUUGUCCGUGUACCGCCUGCUGGUGCCCACCGCAGGGAAAAGCGCCCUCUCUGUGAUUAAAGAGGUCUACCGGCUACACGCGGAGGACCCAGACGUGGUGGAGAAUAUCUGUCUGCUGCUGAGCGAGCUGGCUCAUUACGGUACAGAGAGGAGCUAUUAA